AUGGCGGUGACGGGGAAGCGUGGCGUGGGUAUCCCGACUAUCUUGCUCCAUGAUGGCGAAGGUACGAUCGUGACGGUCGAGCUCAAGAACGGCGAUCUCUACCGUGGCUUCCUCGACGAGACGGAGGACAACAUGAACUGCGUGCUCAAGGACGCGUACCGGACCGAUAUCCGUGGCAUGCAAUCGCACUGCGACCAAGUGUACCUGCGCGGGUCGCAGAUCCUCUUUAUCAUCUUCCCAGACAUGCUCAAGCACGCGCCAUUCUUCAAACGC